CGGCCGAGGCACCGAGCGCGGUCGGGAGCGCGGUGGGACGGGCGCACGACGGAGAGCGAGGUGUCGCGGCGGCAGCUGCUGCCCGGCGGUGCCAGGGAGGUGGUGACGACCCCGCCGCUCCUGCUGCAGCUGCUGCUACCGCUGCUACCGCCGCUGCCGCUGAGGAAAAGCAUGUGUGCAGAGUUUGGUGGCAGAAUAUUUAAGGUAUGUGGGCAGUCUGUGGCAAAUACAUCUGAAGAAAGCGUGACCGGCUAAAGAGUUGGCUGAACUUGUGUAUGGAGACAAAGUGCCGGGAAGCCCAGGAAAAGAACUAAUUGGAAGACUAUUGCUAGACACAGAAGAAUUGGAACACUUCACUUCUGCAGCAGACAGUGACUAAGAAUAAAUACAUUGGUAAAAACAUCAGCAGUGAAAAGGCAGACUGUGUUUUUUCAUUAUCUUUUGGAUUUUAUUACUUAAGAGACAUUUUCAUCAUCCCAUUUAAUUCAUCUUGAAUUUCUCUGUACAUAAAACUGUAACUGGACAAUUACAUUUUAAUACUGUUUAGUAACACUUGUGAAUGUUAAGUCAUUUGCCAAGAUGAGUGCUGAGGGAUAUCAGUACAGAGCUUUAUAUGACUACAAAAAAGAGCGAGAAGAAGAUAUUGACUUGCACUUAGGAGAUAUAUUAACUGUGAAUAAAGGUACCUUACUAGCACUUGGAUUCAGUGAAGGAGAAGAAGCAAAACCUGAGGAAAUUGGUUGGUUGAAUGGCUUUAAUGAAACCACAGGGGAGAGGGGAGAUUUCCCAGGAACUUAUGUAGAGUACAUUGGAAGAAAGAAAAUAUCUCCCCCCACUCCAAAGCCUCGUCCUCCUCGGCCUCUUCCAGUAGCACCAAGUCCCGCAAAAGCUGAAUCAGAGAGUGAGCAACAAGCUUUUUCACUUCCAGACCUUACAGAGCAGUUCACACCUCCUGAAGUUGCUCCACCAAUUCUUGUCAAGAUAGUAGAGACAAUUGAAAAGAAAGGUCUGGAGUACUCAACUUUGUAUGGAGCACAAGGCUCAAGCAGCACAGUGGAAUUAAGGCAAAUUUUUGAAUGUGAUGCUUCUUCAUUAGAUUUAGAGACAUUUGAUGUUCACACUUUGUCAGAUGCUCUUAAGAGGUAUAUCCUGGACCUGCCGAAUCCCAUCAUUCCAGCAGCUGUUUACAGUGACAUGAUUUCUGUAUCUCAAGAAGUGCAGAGCUCAGAGGAAUAUGCUCAGUUGCUGAAGAAACUGAUCAGAUCUCCAAAUAUACCUCCUCAGUAUUGGCUCACACUCCAGUAUUUGCUCAAACAUUUCCUCAGAGUUUGUCAAGCCUCCAGCAAAAAUCUCUUGAAUGCAAGGUCUCUGGCUGAAAUUUUCAGCCCUCUACUUUUCAAAUUCCAGAUAGCAAGCUCUGAUAAUACAGAACACCACAUAAAAAUCCUAGAGGUUUUAAUCACAAGUGAAUGGAACGAGAGACAGCCAGUACCAGCACUGCCUCCUAAGCCACCGAAACCUAAUACCGUAACUAACAAUAGCAUGAAUAACAACAUGUCAUUACAAGACGCUGAAUGGUACUGGGGGGAUAUCUCAAGAGAAGAAGUAAAUGAGAAGCUUCGAGACACAGCUGAUGGUACCUUUUUGGUACGAGAUGCUUCAACCAAAAUGCAUGGGGACUACACACUGACACUGAGGAAAGGAGGAAAUAACAAAUUAAUCAAAAUUUUUCACCGAGACGGAAAAUACGGCUUUUCUGACCCAUUAACGUUCAACUCUGUGGUCGAGCUAAUAAACCACUACCGGAAUGAAUCCCUGGCCCAGUAUAAUCCUAAACUGGAUGUAAAAUUACUCUAUCCAGUGUCUAAGUACCAGCAGGAUCAAGUUGUAAAAGAGGAUAGCAUUGAAGCAGUAGGAAAGAAAUUACAUGAAUAUAAUACCCAGUUCCAAGAAAAAAGCAGAGAAUAUGACAGACUCUAUGAAGACUACACAAGAACAUCUCAGGAAAUUCAAAUGAAAAGAACAGCCAUUGAGGCAUUUAAUGAAACAAUAAAAAUAUUUGAAGAGCAGUGCCAAACACAGGAAAGAUACAGUAAGGAAUACAUUGAAAAAUUUAAACGGGAAGGAAAUGAAAAAGAAAUACAAAGAAUCAUGCACAACUAUGAAAAACUGAAGUCUCGGAUAAGUGAAAUUGUGGACAGCAGGCGUAGAUUAGAAGAAGACUUAAAAAAGCAAGCAGCUGAAUAUAGAGAGAUAGACAAGCGUAUGAACAGCAUUAAGCCAGACCUCAUACAGCUGAGGAAGACAAGAGAUCAGUACCUGAUGUGGCUGACUCAAAAAGGUGUUCGGCAAAAGAAGCUAAAUGAAUGGCUUGGAAAUGAAAAUGCAGAAGACCAAUACUCUAUGGUAGAAGAUGAUGAGGACUUGCCCCAUCAUGAUGAGAGAACGUGGAAUGUGGGAAAUAUCAAUAGAAGCCAGGCUGAAAAUCUGCUGAGGGGAAAGCGAGAUGGAACAUUCCUUGUUCGAGAGAGCAGCAAACAAGGCUGCUAUGCCUGCUCUGUUGUGGUGGAUGGUGAAGUAAAGCAUUGUGUGAUAAACAAAACACCUACUGGGUAUGGAUUUGCAGAGCCAUAUAACUUGUACAACUCGCUCAAAGAACUGGUGCUACAUUACCAACACACGUCACUUGUGCAGCACAAUGACUCUCUCAAUGUCACGCUAGCCUACCCAGUAUAUGCACAGCAGAGGCGAUGAAGAUCCUAAUACUCUGGGUUGUUUGUUGGUUUUUUUAAAGAAAUUAUUUGGCAACAUUGAGGCCUCUGGAGAGAAAAGGCUCCUUUCAGCUUUACUCAAGAAUUUGCAGUAUCAAAGCUAUUUGUCUUCAGAUGGGACUAAAGAUUACCGCCACAACUGCAGUGGGAGAGAUCACAGUGUUAUGCUGUGAAUGUAUGUUUGUAAUCUGAAGUGCUUUUUUUUGGUUUUUUUAAAUAAUUAUAAAAGAAAAACACAAGAGAAAAAUCCAAACCUGAUCUCCCUGCAGGUACAUAGAGGCCUUUAAGCAUGGUGCUUGUUUACGACCACUUCUGAAGCUUUACCAGCUAGAACAUUGGAUUAUCCAGACACAAGGUAUAAGAGGUCUGUGUCAUUCAGUUAUUGGAAUUUCGUGGUCACAAUCUGACUUGGAAUGGUGUUGCUGCACUCAGUGGAUCCAGACAUACAGCAUUGUGGUUCUAUUUUGGUUUCUGGUGAAUGAUAUGUAGCAGAGUGGCACUUUCAUGUCUAAGGGACACUUUAAAAGGACUUCAGUUACAGUAUGUUGCUCAGAGUAAUUGUAAUGGCAAAGUGCCAGGAAGCGUUUUGUUUAGAUGACUAAAAAUCCUGUUUUAAGAAUAUAUUUAAGACUGAAGAAAACAGGAUUUUUCAAUGGCAUACAGUGUAUAAUAAUGUACAUAGUACUGGAUGACUGUCAUUGGUGGAAACUGUCAAUACCAAACUGCUUCAUUAUUUCAUUUUCUGUUUGCUGAAAGCUGAAUUUUUAGACUAUGCUAUGCAAUACUGAAUUUUCUUUAGGCUGUAGUCUUCUCUCAAGCAUAUCUACAGAUUAAGCUUGUUUUUCUUGGGUUUUUUUGUCUUCUUUUUUAAAUUUUUUUUUUCCCCUAAGAAUAUUCUUCCUGGUGAUUACUUUUUGUUAAUAAUUUUCUUGUUUGUUGGGGGGUUUUUUUGUUUUGUUUUUUGUUUUGUUUUUUGUUUUGUUUUGUUUUAAUGUACAGGGAGCCAGCAAGGGUUGGCUUGAAAAUUUAAACUAUGAAAUAUUUUACAAUUUUCAUUGUAUAGAAUAUUGAGCUACUAGCUCAAAGUUUAAAAAGUUCAUACUUUUUUUUUUGACUAAAUACUUUGUUGGGCAGUGCCUGAUAAGCUUCAAAGCUGCUUAAUUCAAUAAAAUUAUAUGAACAUUACAAAAUAUCACUGAGUCCAACAAUACUGUUUCAGAGAUAUCUUUAGAAUACGGUACCAUGCUACAUUUGCUUCUUGAAGCAUUUUGAACUUUUAUCAUGAUUGUCUUUGUAUAUGGAAGACAAGGAAAAUAGUGUAUCCUUCUUUGAUAGUGACUGCAGAAAUAAAUGGGGAUAUUUUGCUACUGCAGUUUAGAGUGUAGAUAGUUUGGAUCUCAGAAUGAAUCCACCUUCACAGUAAAUAAAUGACUUCUUGACCUCCUGUGACAGAAUUUUUGUCAGCCUGUAAAGGUAUUUUCAUUUCACAUGAAGGAAGUUUCUCUAAUCUGUUGCCUAGGUUUGUUUUUUGUAUUAGUAUUGUGGAAAAAAAAAUAUUCCACCUCUACUGAGAACAUUUGGAUACAAUAUAGAACUAAUUAGGACUGGAAAAUAUAUUUUUUGAAAAUGAUUAGGCUAUGAUAUGUAUUUUCAAAAGUCUGUAGGCUGAGGCAGUAUCAAAGUGAACACUUCCAUAAUUUCAGAACAUCAGAGACUUACAAAAUCAUGGUUCAGUUAAGGGAAACAAAUAUACAUAAAUCUCACUAAAACAGAGUUGGCCAUAAUCCUGAGAUAGUUCAUUGUCAAUGGUUUGCAAUGGUUAUUUAUUGUCCUGACCACUGAGGAAAUUCACACAUUGCAAAUCAAUAAAAUAAUGACAUUCAGAGAAAUCUUGGAAUAUAUUUGACUAAGUGAACGUAUGAAAUUAUUCUUUCCCCAAGAUGCAAAAGAUAAGAUCUAUUACUAUUAAAGAGAGUUGCACACACAAUCAAAAUAAUGAGACCCAUGGAGUUCUCUCAUAAUAGCUCUGGUUAGAGAUCCAUGUGUUUUGUUUCAAAGUAUGCAAUGCUUUAUAAGCUGUUGGAAAUAAUAAUAAGAAAUUUACCAGUCUCCAAUAAUCUUUAUAUUAUCUUUUCAUUUUUACAUUGUUACUUCAGUUCUGAGGCUGUAAGGCUCAGACUUUGUGGUCUACCUUUUUUUUUUUUUUUUUUUUUUUGCUGCUGUUGUUGUUGGUUGUCUUUGCUUUCCUAUAAGUGUAUUUUCUUAUUUAUAUCAGGAAACAAGAUCCAACAAAUAUUGUUUCAUGAUAAUCAUCACUUAGAAAAUUAUUCUGAAUAUUUUUCCUGCAUAGAAGUUUAGUCUUCAUGCCUUCCCUUUCUCAUUCCAGACUUUUUUCAGGCCUUUAGGACCAUGUAAAUCUGUUAUACUAAUAACUGAUUUAUAGUACAAAAAACACCAACAAUUACUCUAGCAUGCCAGUUAUACUACUGGGCUUGAAGUUACAGAUUAGUUCAAUAUACAGCAGUUUAAUGCUUAUAGCAAUCCAAGAUAUUCUUUGGACAUAUAUUAAUUUUUGAAUGUUAAAUAUUUUUAGAGUAAAAUUGUAUUUUUUUCUCUGUAGGCAAAAUAUAUGUAAUCUGAAUUGAUGUUUCACAUAGCAUUUGUCAAGAAAUUUUAUCAUAGUUAAAGCAUUUGGAUCUAAUUUUCCUCAUACUAAGAAAACCCCUGCUAUGUCAGUGGGCCAUAUCCUUAGCAUGCCCAGCCCAGUAUGGAAUAUAAUUCAUUCCUGUGUGCUGUGCAACUUCUCUUUGUGUGUGGCUAUAGCAGAAAAAAAAUUAGUGUGUGUGCAGAUUUGACACUUGCUUUUCUUGCACAAGCAACAAUGAGAAAUAAGCCCUAUGUUGUAAGGAUGAAUGCUUAGGGCUUCUUAAGGGGAUGUUCUGCCUACACAGGGUCUGUGCAAUUUGCAGGGAUCAUUUACACCCUCAAAUUGGCAUGAGUGGGUUUUCUGUGGUACUUACAUAUUGUGUGGCCUCUGCAUUUCUCUCCUUAAUGCACAGAGCUAAGUCCUGCCAAAGGCCCUAUUCACUGCAGAGUUGUUUGUCUUUAAUGUACCAUAUUGUUCACUCCAGUUUUGAUCUGAUCUCCGACUACUAUAUACAGAAAAAAAAGCAUGGGGAUAUAACUGAAGAAACACAGUGUUUUUCUGUAUUUCUAUUGAUGCAUCGUUUUCUUCAUCGAAUAUAAUUAAUGGAUGGGCUUUACUCUGUUACUUUUUUUUUCUUUUUUUUUAAUUUGCAUAAAUUUUCCUUUUAUUUGAAAGCCCUGAGUUGUGCUGCACUGCAGCAUCUCUUUUACAAGGCCUUUGAAAGGCAUGAGACAUAGCAAAGAGAACCAAAACUCACAGGCAAAAUUAAGAGUUUCUGAUUUAAUUCAGUUGAAAUAUGAAUUUGCAGGUUGGGGAUGCAUAUCUGUGCAUACUCAUACACACUUGCUGUGUUUAUGUAUGAACAGUUCCUAAUAUAGAUGCAUUUUCACAGAACAUGAUCAUUUUGCUGAAUUUAGUAAGUGAUAUCAUUAACUUUGUUUAAAGACGCACACAUGCACACUAGACCUUUGUGCAGCAUGUUUCCAGAUACAGUUAGAAAACUGAGUUUCUGUGUUGUUGGAUAGUUUCUUUUAAAAAAAAAGGCAAAAAAAAAAAGCUUGUCUGUAUGGUUCUGUUAUCUUGUCAAGCAAUCUGUAAAACCAAAUCUUCAGAUUUUCUAUUUGGUGUCAACUGUUCUGUAGUGAAAAAAUGGCUUGUCUUGUAAUUGGCAAUGAAAUAAUAAUGCUUAGGAAAACAUUCAGAUGCUUCUAAUGGGGAAAACUGCCGAUUUUCACACAGUGCUUUUGCUAUGCAUGGUAUUAAGUUGGGAAAGUGAAUCCUGAUACUGUUUUUCUUCAGGGUCACUUUAGAAAUGGGCAGCUCAAAGCAUAAUGCCUCCCAUGGGACAAGGUUACACAGUGAAACAUUUUAUGUAGAGUCAUGUUCUGUUUACUGCAGUUGAGACUAAACUGUAAGAGUUGGUAAGGUUACAUCACGCUUGUCCUGGUGAGAUUGCAGAGAUUGCAUUAGCUGCCCAAGAUGCUGCUAUUUUUGUUGUUGUUGUUGUUGUUGUUUAUUCUUGGUUUUUUUUUGAAAAUAAAGCUCUGUUCUGUUACAUGUCUUUAAAACAUUAAGAUUAGUUUGUUUUAAAAUUGUUUUUGAGGAGGUGAAGAGUAAAGCAGAUUGUAAGUUGCCUUUACAAGGCAAGAGUGAAAACAUGCCUCCUUAAAAUUUUGUUCAAGCUGUAGAGUUGAUGGAGCUGUGUCUUGUUUUUGAGUUGCUUUAAAAAUUGUAAUAAGUCUUCAAGCAGAAUAAAGGUUGUUUUGAAACUGCAA